AUGUCGAGCAAGUACGCAUUCACAAAGGCCCUCAAGGAGGUGCGCUUCCUCUUCUGCCAGACGGGCGAGCACAGCGCCGCGACCCGCUCCUUCGUUGCGAGAGCGUACCCCACGAUGAAGAAGAACAACCCCCAGACCCCGAUCCUCCUCCGCGAGGCCGCCGGCACGCUACCCAAGGUCUAUGCGAGAUACGGUUAG